AUGAGACCUUUCCAGCUCGACCUGCUCUUCGUCUGCUUUUUCCUCUUCAGCCAAGAGCUGGGCCUCCAGAAAAGAGGAUGCUGUCUGGUGCUGGGCUACAUGGCCAAGGACAAGUUCCGGAGAAUGAAUGAAGGUCAAGUGUACUCCUUCAGCCAGCAGCCCCAGGAUCAGGCCGUGGUGUCGGGGCAGCCGGUGACACUGCUGUGCGCCAUCCCUGAAUACGAUGGCUUCGUUCUGUGGAUCAAGGAUGGCUUGGCUCUGGGCGUGGGCAGGGACCUCUCAAGUUACCCGCAGUAUCUGGUGGUAGGGAACCACCUGUCAGGGGAGCAUCACUUGAAGAUCCUGCGGGCGGAGCUGCAAGACGAUGCCGUGUACGAGUGCCAGGCCAUCCAGGCCGCCAUCCGGUCCCGCCCUGCGCGCCUCACCGUCCUAGUGCCGCCUGACGACCCGGUGAUCCUCGGGGGGCCUGUGAUCAGCCUGCGGGCUGGGGACCCCCUCAACCUCACCUGCCAUGCAGACAAUGCCAAGCCUGCUGCCUCCAUCAUCUGGCUGAGGAAGGGAGAGGUGAUCAACGGAGCCACCUACUCCAAGACCCUUCUCCGAGAUGGCAAGCGUGAGAGCAUCGUGAGCACCCUCUUCAUUUCCCCCGGCGAUGUGGAGAACGGGCAGAGCAUCGUAUGCCGGGCCACCAACAAAGCCAUCCCUGGAGGGAAGGAGACCUCGGUCACCAUCGACAUCCAGCACCCCCCGCUUGUCAACCUGUCGGUGGAGCCGCAGCCAGUGUUGGAGGACAACGUGGUCACGUUCCACUGCUCUGCCAAGGCAAACCCCGCGGUCACCCAGUACAGGUGGGCCAAGCGGGGCCAGAUCAUCAAGGAAGCCUCGGGGGAGGUGUACCGGACCACCGUGGACUACACGUACUUCUCGGAGCCCGUCUCCUGCGAGGUGACCAACGCCCUGGGCAGCACCAACAUCAGCCGCACGGUGGACGUCUACUUUGGGCCCAGGAUGACCACAGAGCCCCAGUCCGUGCUCGUGGACCUAGGCUCGGACGCCGUCUUCAGCUGCGCCUGGACGGGCAACCCGUCCCUGACCAUCGUCUGGAUGAAGCGGGGCUCGGGCGUGGUCCUGAGCAAUGAGAAGACCCUGACCCUCAAAGCCGUUCGCCAGGAGGACGCGGGGAAAUACGUGUGCCGAGCCGUGGUGCCCCGGGUGGGGGCUGGGGAGCGAGAGGUGACCCUGACUGUCAAUGGACCCCCCAUCAUCUCCAGCACCCAAACCCAGCAUGCCCUGCAUGGGGAAAAGGGCCAGAUCAAGUGCUUCAUCCGGAGCACGCCACCUCCCGACCGCAUCGCCUGGUCCUGGAAGGAGAAUGUGCUGGAAUCAGGCACAUCGGGCCGCUACACGGUGGAGACGGUCAGCACAGAGGAGGGCGUCAUCUCCACGCUGACCAUCAGCAACAUCGUGAGGGCCGACUUCCAGACCAUCUACAACUGCACCGCCUGGAACAGCUUCGGCUCCGACACGGAGAUCAUCCGGCUCAAGGAGCAAGGUUCGGAAAUGAAGUCGGGAGCCGGGCUGGAAGCAGAGGCUGUACCGAUGGCGGUCAUCAUCGGGGUGGCCGUCGGAGCUGGCGUGGCCUUCCUCGUCCUUCUGGCAACCAUCGUGGCCUUCUGCUGCGCCCGCUCCCAGAGAAAUCUCAAAGGUGUUGUGUCGGCCAAGAAUGACAUCCGGGUGGAGAUUGUCCACAAGGAGCCUGCCUCGGGCCGGGAGGCUGAGGAACACCCCACCAUCAAGCAGCUGAUGAUGGACCGCGGUGAAUUCCAGCAAGACUCAGUGCUGAAGCAGCUGGAGGUGCUCAAAGAAGAAGAGAAGGAGUUUCAGAACCUGAAGGACCCCACCAACGGCUACUACAGCGUCAACACCUUCAAGGAACACCACUCGACCCCCACCAUCUCGCUGUCCAGCUGCCAGCCGGACCUGCGCCCCACGGGCAAGCAGCGCGUGCCCACUGGCAUGUCCUUCACCAACAUCUACAGCACGCUGAGCGGCCAGAGCCGCCUCUACGACUACGGGCAGAGGUUCGUGCUGGGCAUGGGCAGCUCGUCCAUCGAGCUCUGCGAGCGGGAGUUCCAGCGGGGCUCGCUUAGCGACAGCAGCUCGUUCCUGGACACGCAGUGCGACAGCAGCGUCAGCAGCAGCGGCAAGCAGGACGGCUACGUGCAGUUCGACAAGGCGAGCAAGGCCUCGGCCUCCUCCUCCCACCACUCCCAGUCCUCUUCGCAGAACUCCGACCCCAGCCGGCCCCUGCAGCGGCGGAUGCAGACGCACGUCUGA